AUGGCCACAGUCGUUUCGCAAGUUGCUGUUAACCAAGAGAAGCCAGUUGAUAGAGAGAAGACAUGCCCACUGCUCUUGAGAGUUUUCUGCGCCAAUGGCCGGCAUAACCCUAUAUCCGACUAUAUGAGAGGUGGAGUGCCAGCAAAUGAGCUUCAGAUGUAUACCUUGAUGGACUGCACUCUCCGAGAGUUGACGUCACUUAUCAAAGAAGUCAAUCCAGAUGCUCGACGUCGUGGAACAACUUUUGAUUUUUCAAUUGUUGCACCCGAUCGAAUGAAUAACCGUUACACCAUCCGUGAUAUUGGCAAUACUAUGAAUGGUCAGAGAGGAGUUGACGAUGGUAAAUCGGUG